AUGAUUGUUCAAGUGAGUAGAAUGAUUGGCAACUUGUCUAAAUUCAGCAGGCUGAAUUUGUCUCUUCCGACUCCAUGUACUUGGCCUGCCAGUAGAAGAUCCGCUGUACUGGUUCUGCUAUUUGUCGGUACUAGGGGUGAACUUAGAGUAUUAUUGACUAAACGAUCUAGGAAAUUGAGAUCCUUUGCUGGUCAAGUGUCUUUGCCUGGCGGGAAGGCUGAUAAUGGCUUCGAAUCAUUUCAAGAAGUUGCAUUACGGGAAACGGAAGAGGAAAUCGGUUUACCCAGGGACCCCGUUGUAUUACGUGAUGAAUACGGUUUACAGAUCGAUCCAGUAUGUGAAACGCUACCGCAUUAUCUUUCCAAGACAUUCCUUAGUGUCAAGCCCUUGGUAUGUUUCAUGUAUAACAGUAAAUUUGCUUCUGAAAACGGCAGACGUUUUGAAGAACCGUUAAACAUAUCCAAAAUCUUUGCCAAAUUGAACGCUGGUGAAACUUCCUCGUUAUUUUCUAUCCCAUUAAGUGAUCUGAUAUGCCAUGAGCAUAAGGAAUGGAAGGGUUAUAAACCUGAGUAUAUUGCUCGCGAGCAGCACAUUUAUAAAUGGGGUGGUUUGAAAUGGCCACUUCGGUACUAUUACUAUCCAAUGGAAAAUAUUGGAGAAUCACAAUGGGUGAAAGAUGUUAUAGAUGAAAGUUCUGGGGAUGAACAGUUCAACAGUAUUCUCUGUAAAAAUGUUUGGGGAUUAACUGCAAAGAUUCUUUACGAUGUUGCUAGGAUUGCUCAUGGCAUUGUCACUGGGGAAAAUAGCGACAGUCAAAUUGGGCAUGAGGAGUUGAUCUAUGGACUACAUGAAUUUGGAUCACAAAUGAGAGAUAGAAGUAGAAGUGAUUGGGAAAUUGGAAUGAUCGAAAACUCAAGACACUUCAAAUAUGCAGACGUAAUUCCAAGUUUUUACCUAGAUCAUGUAAAGAAAAGUACAGCCAACUAUUGA